CGCCAUUACCGACCUCUCCUUUCCUUCAUAUCCCCUUCUCAUCUCCCUCCCUUACCCCCCCAAAACUCCCCAUCUCGCAUCAUCUAUCUCUCUCUUUCUCCCUCUCAUACCUCUCUCUGCAAAAGUCUUUUAUAAUUUUGAAACCGGAUUCGGUUUUGUUUUAACGUUAUUACUUUCAUCCUCAAAGCCAAGAUCAAAAGGAAAGAAAAUGGCACAAAAGACGGAGAAAGAAGAGACUGAGUUCAAGGUACCGGAAACACUUACCUUAUGCGUCAAUAAUUGUGGAGUUACAGGUAAUCCAGCCACCAACAACAUGUGUCAGAAAUGUUUCAACGCCACCACCAGCACCAGCACCAGCAACAGCACCACCUCCACCACCACAACCGCCAUAAUAUCAGCUUCUGCUGGCUCAUCAGGCAGCGGGAUCUUGACUAUAUCACCGAGAUCUAGUGCAUCUCUGAUGGUUAUUCGAGAUCCGCAACCGGAGACUAGUGAAUCGACGGCGGAUAGGGAAAAGAAUGAUGUCUUAGUGGCUAAGAGAGACGUGAAUCGGUGCUCCGGUUGCAGGAGGAAGGUAGGGUUGACCGGAUUUCGAUGUCGGUGUGGUGAUCUGUUCUGUUGGGAACAUCGAUACUCUGACCGCCACGAUUGCAGCUACGAUUACAAAACAGUUGGCCGGGAAGCGAUUGCUAGAGAGAAUCCCGUUGUUAAAGCAGCUAAGAUUGUUAGAGUUUGAAAAUAAGAAAAAAAACGAAUUUGAAAAACUUGAACAAAGAACAAGAUCGAUACUCUCGAUCUGGUCUGAUCUGAUCUGAUCAUUUCGCAUUCUUUUCCUCUUAAAAAGAUUUUUAAAGAUCAGAGUUUAGUGCAAGAGGAAAAAAAAAGGAGAUUCAUGAUCCAAGUAUCAGAGAAAUUCAACGGCGAAGAUUAAUCCAAGAUCAGGAUCAAGAUCAAGAUCAAGAUCAAAAUUCUUCUAUAAAUUUUUCUUUUCUUUUUCUUUUUUUUUAAAAUUUUUUUUCCUUUUGAAAUGAAAGAUAUGAUUAUUAUUAUUAAUAUGAUUAUUAAUGUUAUGAUUGUGGCUUAAUCGCGUCCA